AUGAAACCCUUUCUUGCUUCCCUGUGCCUGCUGGGAUUAUUUUUGACUCAGUGUAGGUCAGAGUUUAAUCUGAAGGGGGAUUUUAUAAUUGGUGGACUUUUUGGUAUUCAUGAUGCCAGUGACACAGUUCAUCAUGACAGACCCGAAGCCAUCAACUGCUCCAGCCAUCAGUUUAGUGCCUCGAAUUAUCGGCGGUUUCAGUUGAUGAGAUUCUCUGUGGAGGAGAUCAACAACUCCACCAGCCUUCUUCCAAAUGUGUCCCUUGGUUACGAGAUGUUUGACCACUGCUCAGACGCACUCAGCUUUCCUGGAGUUUUUAGGCUCAUGUCAGUCAAUGGUUCAAUCCAACCAUGGGCAGAACCAAACGACAAAGUUUAUAAAGUGAUAGCAGUGAUCGGUCCUUUCACAAGCAACCAGGCAAUGACUGUAGCCCCGUUCUUCAUGCCGGACCUCAUUCCUGUGGUCAGCUACGGUUCUUCAAGUUCCGUUUUUUCAAGUAAAGUGAAGUACCCAUCUUUCUUAAGAACAGGGAACCCUAAUAAAGACGUCAUAGAUGUGAUUGUGACUAUGGUGCAACACUUCAACUGGAGCUGGGUUGCUUUCUUAAACAGCGAUGAUGCUUAUGCCAACGACGGCCUGGAGCUGUUCAUGAGGAAGAUAAAGACGACAGAGAUAUGCCUGGCUUACACCAAAAGUGUCAACCAGAACACAGAUUAUUCUCAGAUCUUCAAAAACAUUGAAGAUCAAAGGAUAAACGUCAUUAUUGUGUUUGCGUCAGAAGUGGCUGCUGAAGCUCUCAUUGAAUCUGCUGUUCAGCUAAAUGUUACAAAUAAGGUUUGGAUAGCAGCUGACACAUGGUCUCUGAAGAAAAGGCUCCUCAAGAUGAAUGGAAUCAGGAACAUUGGAACUGUUCUUGGGUUGUCUCAGCCUGCUCUGACAAUAGCUGGUUUCAGUGAGUUCAUCACUUCUUUCGAAACCCAAAGCCGAUAUCCGGAAAAUAAGCCACAGAAAUUUUGUAAUCAAGUUAUUAACUGGGACACUUGGAGGGCCAAAGACAUCCUUGAUGCGGACCCAUCUUUCUCUUACCCUGUUUAUUCUGCUGUGUAUGCCAUUGCUCACGCCUUACACAAGGUCUUACAAUGUGGCACAGCUGGAUGUAACAACAUCAUAGUCUACCCAAACAUGGUUUUAGCAGAGAUCCAGAAGUCCAAUUUUACCCUGCUGAACCGCACAGUUCUGUUCGACGAGAACGGUGUCCUCAGGUCUGGACUGUUCUCUCUGGUUUUCUGGAACAGCAGUGGUGAUGCAGAGGAAGUUGGACUUUACAGUUUUUACCCAACGGUCACUUUCUUCAUCAACAUCUCCAAAAUUAAUUGGCAUACAGAUGGGGAAGUGCCUGCAUCUGUUUGUUCUCCAGAAUGUUCUAAAGGAUAUGCGAGAAUACAAAACAGAAUCCAUAAAUGCUGCUUCACCUGUGAAAUUUGUCCUGCUGGAACAUAUGUCAAUGUUGAAGAAAAUCCCUACAAGUGCGUCCUCUGCAAGAGCACAGAGUGGUCUGAGGAAGGAAGCACAUCGUGCAAUCUGCGUCAGCUUGAGUACAUACAACUUACAGACACUGUUGCAAUAGCAAUCAUGGUCACCACUUGGGUCAUAGUGGGCCUCACGCUAAGUGUGUCUGUUCUCUUUUCCAUCAACUACAACACACCUGUAGUCAGAUCUGCCGGAGGACCAAUGUGCUUCCUGAUUCUGGGCUGCCUCGGUUUGUGUAGCAUUAGUGUUUUCUUUCACUUUGGUCUGCCCACACCUGCUUCUUGCAUCUUGAGGUAUUUCCCAUUUAUUUGGUUCUAUACCGUCUGUUUGGCAUGUUUUGUAGUUCGUUCUUUUCAGAUUGUCUGUAUCUUCAGAAUUUCUGCAAAGUUCCCCAGUCUCCUCAUCUGGUGGAAAAAAUAUCAUGGACAAUGGCUGCUCAUCAGCGCAGCAUUUGUUGUUCAGGCAGUCUUACUUCUCACCUUUUCCUAUGACCCUCCACGACCUUACAAUGAAACAUCCUGGCGCCCAGAGCAAAUAGUGCUUUUCUGCUACAUGAAUCUUAAAGCAACUUCUUGUUCUCUUGUUUUACCAAUAUCGUUUGCAUGUCUUUGCUUUGUUUUCUCUUAUAUGGCAAAAGACCUCCCAAAAAAUUACAACGAGGCCAAAGCGAUAACUUUCUCCCUCCUCCUACUGACCUUCACCUGGACCAUCUUCAUAACUGUAUAUAUGCUUUACCGUGGAAAGUACAUCCAGACUCUGAAUGCUGUCACUGUUCUCCUGAGUCUGUACUAUUUCCUGGUCGGGUACUUCCUUCCAAAAUGUUACAUCAUCCUUUUUCAACCCAAUAAAAACACACAGCAAUAUUUCCAAAGUCUCAUUCAGAACUAUACCAAAACAAUCAGUCAGUAG